AUGCUCGAGAUUCACAGCGCGAGCGACCUGCCGAAACUCAAGAACAUGACACGGAUGGGGUGGGACAUGGACCCGUUCGUGGUGGUCUCGUUCGGGAAGAAGGUCUUCAGGACGCGCGUCAUCCGGCAUUCCCUUAAUCCGACUUGGGACGAGAAGCUGUUGUUUCACGUGCGGCGGUACGAGACGACGUUCAAUGUGCAGCUGACGGUGCUCGACUGGGACAAGCUCUCGUCGAACGACCACGUCGGCGACGCGAGCUUCAGCGUGUCCGAGCUGCUCGCGAACGCGCCGCAGAAGGACGAGGAGACGGGCCUGUACCCGCAUGAUGUCGACGGCCUACACGCGAUGCAGGACUUCCAGCUGUCGCUCACGACGGCCAAGGAGAUGGCAUGGGAGGCGAAGCAUAAGCCUGUGCUUAGCGUACGAGCAAAGUAUCAGCCGUACGACGCGCUGAGGCAGCGCUUCUGGAGGCAAUACCUGAAGCAGUAUGACCCAGACGACGCCAACGCGCUUUCGCACGUCGAGCUCACGUCGAUGCUCGACUCGCUCGGCUCCACCCUCUCGCGCGACACUGUCAACUCGUUCUUCACGCGCUUUGGUAAGAGUCCACGUGAAGACUUCCUCACGAUUGACGAGGCAAUUCAGUGCCUCGAGACGGAGCUCUGUCGCCCGCGUAGCGAAAAGAAACUCAUUGACCCGGAGGACAACGCGUUCGACUCGAGCGCGCCCGUUACGCCCGCUGCAAUCGCGGGCAACGGCUUCGAGCACCAGCUCACGCUGAACCUCGACAAACUCGAUUUUGCCGGCCCCCCUCUGGUCAUUCCAGGCCUCAAUAUUGUGUCGGACAGCGAUCUCGUGCACAAGCCCGCCCCGCCAUUACCGCACGCGACCGAGCCGAUGCAGCAGCCCAUCACGGAUGUCGCGCACUUCCCAACGUCUCAUUCGGUGCCCAACCUACCAGGGUCGGGAGCGCUCACGCGUCAGGGGUCCGACUCAUCCUCUGACCAGGAAGACUCGUCGGGCUCGAAUGGCUCGCCCGCGCCCAAGACGACGGACGACUUGUUUGAGCGCGUGAUCAACAUCAAGGCGUGUCCGCUGUGUCACCGACCGCGGCUGAACUCGAAGGCGGAAGUCGACAUCGUGACACACGUCGCCAUCUGCGCGAGCCAGGACUGGUCAACCGUGGACCGGAUCAUGGUGAGCAACUUCGUGACGGCGAGCCAGGCGCAGCGGAAGUGGUACACAAAAGUCAUCACGAAGGUGUCCAGCGGUAACUACAAGCUUGGCGCAAAUUCCGCAAACAUCAUUGUCCAGAAUCGGCUUACUGGACAGCUGGAAGAAGAGAAGAUGCAGGUGUACGUACGGCUAGGCAUUCGACUGCUCUACAAGGGCUGGAAGAGCCGGAUGGAAGGCGCGCGAGCACGGCGUCUCCUGAAGUCUAUGUCGAUCAAGCAAGGCAAUAAGUACGAUUCCACCGAAUCCGCGAAGGAGAUCCCGACGUUCAUUGCGUUCCACAACCUCAAUGUCGACGAGAUUGCAGAGCCGUUGAGAUCGUUCAAAACCUUCAAUCAGUUCUUCUACAGGAAGCUGAAGCCAGGUGCAAGGCUGACAGAGUGCCCCGACGAUCCGUGUCGGCUUGUCAGCGGGGCAGACUGCCGACUGAUGGUAUUCGAAACCGUGAAUGAGGCAACUCGACUAUGGAUCAAGGGUCGAGAGUUCACGGUUGCGCGAUUGCUUGGAGAGCGCUAUCGCUCAGAAUGGGAUCACUAUGCCGGCGGCGCUCUGUGCAUAUUUCGGUUAGCCCCACAGGACUAUCAUCGCUUUCACUCGCCAGUAGACGGGACGAUCGGGCCAAUGUCGUACAUUGCAGGAGAAUAUUAUACUGUCAACCCCCAAGCAAUACGUACUGCGCUCGACGUCUACGGCGAGAACGUAAGAAAGGUCGUGCCUAUCGACAGUCCGCAAUUUGGUCGGGUCAUGGCUGUCUGCAUCGGAGCGAUGAUGGUUGGAAGUAUCAUGACGACGGUUCACAAUGGCGACGAGGUGAAGCGAGGGCAAGAGCUUGGAUACUUUGCUUUUGGAGGUUCGACCAUUGUCGUUUUAUUCGAGAAGGGAGUGGUUGAAUGGGACGAAGAUCUUCUCAUCAAUAGCCGGGCAUGUUUAGAAACGCUCGUACGUGUUGGAAUGGGUAUCGGACGCAGGCGACACACAUCAUUGUCGGACUCUCGUCACGCUAUUUGA